UAGGGACACAGGAUCCCGGAAGCCGGGACUUCGGGGAGAGGCGUCCACAGGGCCCGCCCCAUGACGUCAGCCCUGGGCGGGAGCGCCCUGAGAGGCGAGGGCCUCAGUCUUAACCCUGCGGAGCUGCGGCGGGAGGUGAGCAGCUGGCUCCAGACGAUGCGGUGUGCCCAGGAUGCUGCCGCACCUGCUAGUGCCUCUGGCGGCGCUCCUCAGCCUGCGCCUCGGCCCCGGCACGCACGGCUCAGAACUACCCAAGCCUCCAGAGGCGUGGUUUGAAGCAGAAUUUUUCCACCACAUCCUCUGCUGGCUGCCCAUCUCAAAUCAGUCCAAAAGCACCUACUAUGAGGUUCAGCUUGCCUGGUAUGGAAGAAGUCCAUGGGAGUCCCUUCCUAACUGUGGCCAGGCCUUGGAACUGUGCUGUGAUGUCACCAUGUACACCCUGCACCUGUACCGAAGCAAUGGUUACCGGGCUAAAGUCCGGACAGUGGAUGGUAGCCGAUACUCCAACUGGACCUUUGCCAACACCCGCUUGUCUGUGGAUGACGUGACUCUGAAGGUUGAUAGUGUGAAGCUAGAGAUGCAUGAGGGCUUCAUCUUCGGAAUGAUCCAGCUCCCCAGGCCCCAGGUGGCCCCUCCAGGUGACACAUACGAAAGCAUCUUUACAAACUUCCGCCAGUAUGAGAUUGCCAUUCGCAAAGUGCCAGGAAGCUUUAAGUCAAGCCGGAUGGUAGACCAUGAAAACUUCACCUUCCCAAUCCCUGGAGAGGUGGGAAAGUUCUGUGUCAAAGUGAAGCCGUCUAUCAGCUCCCGAACCAACAAGGGGAUCUGGUCAGAGGAGCAGUGCAUCACCCUCACCAAGCAGUAUUUCACCGUGACCAACCUUAGUAUCUUCUUCACCCUCAUCUUGCUGCUCUGUGGACCCCUGGCUUACUGUCUGGUCCUCCACUUGUAUGUGCGGCGCCGAGGGACACUGCCUGCUGUCCUGGUCUUUGAGAAACCCAGCCCUUCCAUCCUCAUCAGCAAGCCGCCCUACCCAGAGAUGCAGGACGCCAUUCAACCCCUCCACGAGGAGACCUUCCUGAAGGUUUCUCCAGAGCUGAGGCACUCAGACCUGCAUGGCAGCAUGAACAUUGGCUUCAGCAGUGCCAAGCCAUCCCUGCAGAUGGAAGAGCCCCAAUUCCUCCUCCCUGCCCCUCACACCCAGGCCUGUGGGGCUCUAGGAAAGGGGGAGCCCCCAGAUCUGCAGGUCAGCUGCAGUGAUGGUGGCAGCAGUGGCAGCGGCAGCAGUGGCAGCUGCAGCAGUAGCACAGACAGCGGGAUCUGCUUGCAGGAGCCUGGCCUGAACCCUGGCUCUGGACCCCUUUGGGAGCAGAAGGUGGGGAGCACAAGCCAGGGCCAGGAUGACAGUGGCAUUAGCCUUGUCCAAAACUCUGAGGGGCAACCUGGGAGAACACAGAACAGCUCACCCUUGGGCCACAUAAGUCUCCUAGGGCCAGAGGCCCCUGCAGAAGAAGACCCAGCUACAGCGGCCUUCCAGGGCUACCUGAAACAGACCAGAUGCACUGAAGAGAAAACAACCAUAGCAGCCUGCCUGGAGGAAGAGACUCCUUUGACAGAUGGCCUUUGGCCCCAGUUCAGGACAUGCCUGGAUCCUGAGGCAGGCUGGCCUCCCCCAGGUCUGGCCAAGGGCUACUUAAAACAAGAUCCCCCAGAAAUAACCCUGGCUCCUUCAGGUGUCCCACCAGGACAAUGUAAUCAGAUGACUGAGGAGUGGCCACUGCUGGGCUUGACUAUUUGUGGUGACCUGGGACCAUCUGAUUGGAGUUUUACCCAUGAUCUUGCCCCUCAGGAUGGUGUGGCAGCCCCAGGAGGCCUCUUGGGCAGCUUUGACUCAGACCUGGUCACCCAGCCUCAGAUCUCCAGCCUGUACUCAAGUGAGUGACUUGAGCCAAGGGGCUGUUUUUUAUUUCAGCCAUUCCUUCUCUGCUGCUAUGAGCAGGAGAAGGUCCCCAGGAGUCAGAAGAGGAUGCAGGCCAGUCUGGGCAUUUUCUGCAAACCCCUGGGGUCAGUUGUAGCUGUCUACCAGGGCAAGUUCUGGCCAUCUUGAUGGAGUGGUGCAGCACGCACAGAUGGUGCUGACCUGUUCUGCUGAGUGGGCCCUGCAGACCUUGGCAAAGCCAAGAAGAGCAAAGCAGAAAACUCCUCCCUCUUUGGGCCUUUUUUCUACACCAUAUAGGAGUCUGUGCUCAAAGAACCACAGGGUUUUCUUGAGACAAGUUGAGGCUGGCAGACUGAGGUCAGCUCAGACCCAGAUGCCUCCUUCUGGCCAGCCAGGUGUCAGGGCCUCUAGCAGGUUGGAGUGCUGUGAGACAGAGCUUCGGGGCCCCUGUGGCUGCCAGGAUCAUUUCUACAAGAAGAGGGAGCAGAGCUGAGUUUCAUCUGAGGGGUGGUGGGUAACAGGGAGAUGCUCUGCUACUGCCCGUCUUCUCGGGCAGGAAACCUGUCACUGGACGAGUUUAAGGUGUGUCUGCACCGGCCUGGCAGUCAGACAGUUACUACAUCACUAGUAGAGACUAGUAGGAGGGACAAAGGGACCAAGACCUAGGACACAGACCCUGCAGACUCUGGGCUAAAAGGAAAUGGGCUCCGGAACCCAUCUGCCCAGAGCCAGCUUCCUUCUCGUGCCGAGGGCUGACAUCUAGGAGGAGUCCUUGGCAUUGUGCCUGGAGAACUGCCAGUCACUGGGCCCAGAGGGGCAGAUAUGGGCCCUGCUUUCCCACUGUUCCUUUAGAAUCUGUCUUCAAAGUCAGUUUACAGUCCCCAGGCAAGGAUACUAGGAGGGGUGAUUGGCCUGUGGAUGCCCUCCAGAGCAUCUCUUGGCUCUGCAUUUCUCUGUGGCAUUCUAAAAUGGGCCUUCUGGCCCAGAAAAUCCUGCCAUGACCUCUACCAACCAGGAAGCUCUUGGUGCCAAUCUGAUAAGUCCCUCUGGAAACAGGCCUAGGGGAGGAUCGCUUAGGGUUUCCUUGACAGCUUUAUUUAUUUGUUUUGCUCAUUUAUUUAUUGAAGAGGAAAGGAAUUCUGGGUCUCUCAGGAGCCCUGGAGUUUUAGUUUUGCAUUCACCGUUUCUAAUUGUGUGACGUUGGGCAAGUCACUUCUCUUGAGCCUCAGCUUCCUUAUCUGCAAAACUGGAAAAGAUGCUUGUUUUGUGGAAUUCAUAGUGACACAAAGAAAAUGGAUAUGAAUGUGCCUUGAGCACAGAUCUCUGUA